GCUCAGCUUCUAGGAGCAGAAACCAGAGUCGAACUCGAGUGGGAGCCAUUCUAGGCCAGCUGCUGAGACCUCUUUCAUCUCCCCCCGGGAAACCCAGGGAUUCAUAAUGCUUCCAUCAGCUUCCUUCUGAUUUGGCCAGCAACCAGGAAUGAAUUGAGAUGAUGUACACUGCCAAGAAAUGUGGAAUCAGAUUCCAGCCUCCAGCCAUUAUCUUAAUCUAUGAAGGGGAGGUCAAGAACAAAAGUCGCCAGCGUAUCAUGCCAAUCCGAAACUUUUCCAAGUUUUCAGACUGUGGGAGAGCAGCUGAACAGCUGAAGUAUAAUCCAAGACACAAGGCCUACCUUGAGGGGGUGUCUCUGCGGCAGUUAGAGAAAUUAUUCACUUUUUUAAAAGGUUUUCUAUGGGGGCAAACCUUGGACCAAACUAUGGAACAGAUUCAGCGGGAAACAACCAUUGAUCCUGAGGAAGACCUGAACAAACUCGAUGAUAAGGAACUUGCAAAAAGGAAGAGCAUCAUGGAUGAACUUUUUAAGAAGAAUCAGAAAAAGAAAGAUGACCCAGAUUUUGUCUAUAACGUUGAGAUAGAGUUCCCACAGGAUGAGCAGCAACAGUCUUGUAGCUGGGAUGCGGAGUCAGAUGAUGAGUUCUAAUACCAAACAAAAUCAAAAAUUUAUCGAGAGCACCAGAAAUCUGUAAUAACUCAGAGAACAUAGUUAAGAUAUUGCAGAAUUGUAAAAGGACACUAAAUGUAUAUGUUGA